UCUUCUUACUUAGUUCCUAUGUGAGGCCCAGUCAAGAUUGUCUACGCACCGGUUCUCCCUAUAAUGUUACUUGGAACGAGAUAACCCUGUGAGAGGUGAACACGCGGAGUCAGUGAAGUGUGCCCUGUAAAUAAAGGAAUUCCUCUUAUCACCAUGCGCUUCCUCAAACUGGCGAUACUGGUGGCUUUGGUCCUCCUUGCAGAGGCCAAGGACGAAACAAAAAACCGCGACAAGAGGCAGCAGAUAUCUUUCCACCCCAGAAGAAUUGGACGACCACCACCUUAUGCGGUUCAAAUGGAACCUAUGGUUCAAUAUUCUCAGAGGGAUCCACUCUACAACCCUUUGGUACUAUCCAAGAGCGAUGAUGGUCUCUACGAUGAUGUCCCGCAAAGUUACUACCCUUCGGAACCCGAGCCGAUCAUUGAAAUCAUCAUCAAGGAGUCUAAUGAGACCUUACCUACACCGGUCCCACCUCCGCAAACUUCAAGACCUACCAAGGAACCGAUACAAGUCUUCUAUGUCAAGUACGAGAAGAAGAAGGGCUAUGGUGAUAAACAUCAAGUAGUCUAUGACGCACCAAUUCCGGCCCUAACACCUGUCGAAGGACACGAAAAGAUUGAAGAUCCAGAGCCAUAUUCAGAGGAACCAGUGCAAGUCACUUCACCAACACCACCAUCCUCGACUACCAUAAGAGCUAUCAUUCGACCCGAUAGCGAGCUUUAUCAUGCUCCGGGUAACACCGGACUUAAAGUUACAUUUGGAACCGAUCAAAUACCUCCAAACAACCAUAAUAAACGAAGCGAUCUUGAACCAACUCUUCAUCGUAAUGUUCCAACUCCACUUCCUCCUCCAGGGUCAUCCAAAAAACCUCAUGGACCAUAUCAACCACUUCAUCCUAUUCCCCAAAGAGUGACUCCCGCUUUUCCCCAACAAAGGAUUGUCAACUCUUUCCCCCCACAGCAAUUGCUACAACAGAAUCAACACUUGAUUCCGAGUCAACCAAUACCACCGAACCCACUUUCACCGAAUCAACAACUCCCGCCAAACUUCCCCGCCCAGCAAUUCCAAGCGCAGAUCAGACACCCUCAUAGGCCUCAAAGACUUCCGAUCACUGUUCAAGGGCUUCCCGAACACCAACAAAGGCAACCUUUCAAUAAUAUUCCACCACAUCGUGUCAACCUGAAUCAGCAAAGUUUCUCAAAUCAGCAACAAUUUUUAAAUCAUGGAAACUUUAAUCAAGAGCAUCAACAGACUUAUAAGCAGCAGCAAGAGGAGCUGAAACAGAAGUACUUUGAGCAGAGGAGACAUCAGGAGUUAGUGAAACAACGAGAACAGCAGAGACUCGCCGAACAACAGAGAUUGUUGGAACAGCAAAAGAUUGCCGAACAUCAAAGGCAGGAUCAACUAAGACAAGAACAACAGAAGAUUGAACAGCAAAAGUAUUUAGAUCAGCAAAGACUGCAGGAACAUCAGAGAUUGCAUGAACAGAGGAGGAACGAACAGGAACAGAGGAGGAACGAACAGGAACAGAGAAGGAACGAACAAGAACAGAAAUUGUUGCAGGAGCAGCAAUACCGUCAGCAAAUAAAGUAUCAGCAGGUUCAGCACAAUCCACAGGUUCAACAUAAUCCAAAGGUUCAAUACAAUUCACAGAACCAACACAAUAUCCAAGUUCAGCACAAUCCAAUACAACAACAGCCCCAGAAGCCGUCCGGUGAAAUUUUCAAAGCUGUUCCCAAGCUUGAACAGCACUACGCCAUCAGGGAAAAUCCUCUUCACCCUGGUCCUUUCCCUCCAAAUCCUGAACAAGUGACACAAUUCCAAGAGAGCCAAAGCCAGUACGUAGCUCAAAACUCGAAUCUUGUAGGAGAUCCGAGAAAUCGACAAGUGGAGCCGCAACAGCAAAACCAACAUCAAAGUCAACAGCAAAACCAUCAAAAUUACCAACAAAAUCAACAGCAACAGCUUCAGAAUUACAAACCUCUUCAGCAAAGCCAACAAUUUUUCACUCAAAAUCUACAGACUGCACAACAGCAAAAAGUGAAAUCCUCUCCCAUUCAAUCUAUCUGGGGAAGACCCAUUUACCAACAAAAUUCAAACCAGAAGAUCUUUGCAACCCCCGAGACGAAAACAGAGGAUUAUUACCCCUCAUCGACAGCAUCCCCUACAACUACCACCACAACCGAACCUUCAACAACUAUCUCCCCGAAGAACGAAGCCAAGAUAAAAGAAAACAUAGCGAAUCUUCCUGAUGAAGUUCCCGAAGACAUCAGAGAGCAGCUUCUUAGUUCCGGCAUUCUUGGCAAUGCCGAUAUCCAGAUACUCGACUACGACAAGGUCGGCGGCAUCCCGAUCGAGAAUCUCCCGCCUGAGGCUCUAGAAAACUUUUACAGUGCAGGUGGUGCUGCAGCUACUUCGGCUAGUGAACCCGUCCCUGCUAUUGCUAAAAGACCGAAGACGGUGGAAGAACCGCUUCCAAAGAAGGAUACACCCACCAAGAUCGAGCAGGCGACUUUAAAGCCAGGAGGUGUGGAAAUGAAAGUAGUACGAUUCGAUCCCAAUACGGCGCAAGGUCAAAACAUAGCCGAUCAGCACAUUCGCGAAGACGCAACUCACUUGAAUCCAGUAACCGUGGGAGCGAAGGACGAUCCUCAAUACAAUCGGUAUUUGCCCCUUAAAGUGAACGGAGCUUCCUUUCCAAUUCCGGACGUUCCGGAAUUGAACGGUAAAAAAAUCUCCAGUGUGGUGGUUCUAGCUCCAGUCGAUUACAACUUCAAGGAUGGAGAAAGUGACGAUGAAUCGAGAAGGGGUAGGAAACUUAACGACGUUCAAGCGAUCAAAUUUCUGGCUGGCGAAUCCCUGAAAGAGUUAGUGAAGAAACCGACAAUGGAGAAUUACAAAAAAUGGCUGGAACACGAAAAAGAGACUGAACCCCAGAAGCAGUCGGUUGUUCUACUUGUCACCACGCCAGAGGAAAGUAUUCAGGGAGAAAAGGAAAUAUUUAUGUACGAUGUCAGUACCCAGACUGUGAGCAGAUUAUCUGGUGAUUUGUCUUCAGCUUUCGUGGAUGCAGCAGAAAGUAAUUCCGACAGUCCUGACCCUAUCAAUGACUCCACGAUAUAUUGAAUUGACAAAUAAUUCUAAGACGUUCCAUGGACAAUUCAGAGGUGAAGAUAUGGUUUUUGUGCCAAUAACAUACGAAAGAUCGGUAUUUAGAGAUAUCGAUUGCGAAAUCGAUGCUAAAUCCAAACCAACGAUCUUUAUUAAUAUCAUCGUUUACUUAAGCAUCUCAUGUAGAUACAUCGUUUAUGUAUUAUUAUGUAUAUACGUUUAUAGCUUAUAUUUUUUUACGCGAAAUAAACUGCAAGGUUUUUUAUAGGUGUUGCUUUUUCAUGUUAUUUACUUUAGAAAUCAGAAACUGAAAUCUUCUGAAAUUUCGUCAAUAGUUUCUUGUGCUUUUCUUUUUUUUAUCUCAACCG